AUGUUAACAACUAUUAAUCCUCAACAAAAUCAAACAACAUGCUCUUCUCAUGAAUGUAUCAUAUGUGGUUCAAAAGCUAUUGGUAUUAAUUUUGGUGCACUUACAUGUGCACCAUCAUUUUUUCGUCGUAAUGCUCGACGAAAAGAAAUUCUUCAAUCAGCAUGUCAACAUCAUCAUAUCGAUCUAUCAAUAGUAAAUGAUCAUAAUAAUAUAGAUCAUUAUUUACAAAUACGUCGAUGUUCAUCAUGUCGAUUACGUCGUUGUUUUGAUAUGGGAAUGAAAGAAGAAUUAGUUCGAACAGAUGAACAAAAUAUUCGACAUAAACAACUUGUAUAUAUGAAUAGACAAAAACGAGAAUUCUUAAAACAAAAACAACAAGAUAAACAAUUAUCUAUUUCACAGUGCCUUGUAAAUAAUGAUAAACUUUUACGUGAAUCAGAUUGGCGUCAUUUAAAAAAUAUUGUUUCAGCUUAUGAAACACAUUGUCUUAAAACAUAUAUUCAACAACGUUCAGCUAUGUAUAAUAGUGAAGCAACAUCAUGUCAUCAAUCACAUAUACCUUCAAAAUAUUUUACAGCAAUACCAAUGACUUUAACUAUUUCACUUUGUUCAUUUCUUCAAUCAUUACCAGCAUUUCAUUCUUUAUCACAAAUAAAUCGAACAUUUUUAUGUAAAAAUAAUCUUCGUUCAUUACUAUUUCCAAAUAUGUUUGAACUUAAACAAUCAUGUUUUUCUGAAUCAUGGCAGAACUCACUUGAAAAAGCUACUUGGGAAUUAAUAUGUGGUCCCCAAUUAUUUAGAGAGUUUAGUCGUACAGCAAAUUUAGCUGAAAAAUCAUUAAUAACUGAUCCUAUAAUAAUACGUCUUUGGCUCGUUGUACUCUUCUUUUCAUCAUCACUUUUUUGUUUAUAUGAUAAUUAUAUAUUUUUAAAAAUUCCAAAGAAAAAAACUGCUAUUAUUGAAAUUCAAAAUAUUUAUGCAACUCUUCUAUGGAAAUAUUUAUUACAUCGUCAUGGAAAUUUUGGUGCAGUACAAAUUUUUUCAAAUUUAAUGCAUACAUAUUUACAAAUGCAACGUGUUGGAUUUGAAAUUGGUAUUCAAAUACGAACACGUAAUGAAUUAUUAGUUACAUAUGAAACACUUAAUCAAAUAUUAACUCUUGAUAUUCGUGAUAAUUAG